UGAACUGAAAAAAAUUCUUUAACUGAAUAAUGAAUUCUCAUUUAUUCAACUUCUAUAUAUAUAUUAUAUAUAUAUUAGUGUAAUCUAUCAUUUUACUAAACAUACCAAUGUGAUUUUAUAAUUGUUUGUUGGCAAACAGAAUCUUUCAAUAUCAUAUAAAUAUAUAUAUAUACAUAACCCGUAGACAUUUUCAUACAUUUCUAGUUGAGCAGAACAAUGGAGGAAGCCAUCAUACAAUAUGAUGAGUUGAUUGCAAAAGGACAAUUUCAAAAAGCCUACGAUCUUGCUACAACCACCCUGGAAGUUCAUAAUCAAGUAGAAAUGUUAUGGAGGAAAGCUCAAGUCUGUUUUCUAUUUGUUUAUUAUGUGGAUACUAAACCAAGCAAAGAGAUUUGUGAGAAGUAUUUAACCGAGGGCAUGAAUUCUGCUAAACGAGCUGUUGCCGUCAAUCGAAACCAUGCGAAUUCGUUAACUUGGUAUGGCAUACUGUUGGAUGAAGUUAGCAAUCUCAAAGGUAUACAAGAAAGAAUGAAGAAUGUUGGGGAAUUAUAUCAAUUGUGGACGAAAUCUCAAAAAAUUGAUCCACAUAACUUUUUAACUGAGAGCAGUCUUGGAAUCUGGCAUUUUAUUAUGACAGAAUUUUAUAAUUCCAAACCAGAGUUUUUUCGAAAUACCAACUUCACUGGGAAUGAAUUCUCUUAUCAAAAGGCAUUGGAACAUAUGCUCAAGUGUGAAAGCUUGGCACCCGGUAGAUCAUUGAUAACAUUGGAAUAUUUGGCCAAGUGUUAUGCACGUCUCGGUGACAAGGAAAAGGCCAGGGAAGUUUGUCAGAAAGUACUCAAUCAUUCUGCUAGACAUGUAGAGGCACAAGAGGCCAAGAAGGCAGCUGAUGAACUGCUGAGACAGCUUAAAAGAUAAAUGAAUAAUGCUGAUAAUGUCAGUGACAUCAGCUAAACUACAAAUACUGACUGUUAUAAAUCGAUAAUUUUAAAGCGUUAUCAAAAUACACACUGGUGCUUAGCAAAAAUAUGCGGUGUUGUUAAAAUUCUAUAUUUUACAAAAAUAGAUUAUUACAACAUUGCUA